UAGAGUGUAGCUAAAACAGAUCUUUUGUACACGUCGAUAAUGUUGGCAGUUGGCAUGACAAUUCCGGCAAUAUGGCGUUUACAUUGUGGACGCUUUUCGAAGCAACUUUAUUAUGUUUAAAUGCAGUUUGUAUUUUAAAUGAGGAGAGAUUUCUUGCCAAGGUUGGCUGGGCAUCGUGGCAAAAUGUGCAAGGAUUUGGAGAACCUCCGACAGCUAAAACCCAAAUAUUAAAUCUUGUUAAGUCGAUACGAACUGUGAUGAGGGUUCCUUUGAUAUUCUUUAAUAUCUUGACAUUAAUUGUGAAGCUUGUGCUUGGCUGAGAAGGAAGAAAUAUGAAUGUAAAUAUUGUAAUGAAAUGUAUAAGUCAAAGUAUUGAGUAACGUACGAGAAAACUUAUUAAAUUAUAUUAUUUUUAUCUUUGUAAUAAAGCAAUUAUUUUGUAAUAUUUGUCAUAACUCUGUUUACAAUACAGAUUGAUAGUAAAUUGACCAUUCCAGUAUGAUAUUUACAAUUAA